AUGUUGAAGCAAUCACCUAACAGAAACAUGAGGACGAAUGGCUACAAGGUUAAACAAGGUCUUAAAAUAUUUACUUUAAUAGCUGCUGCCAUUUGGUUGUUAUACCAACUCAAACACUCACAUGAAACCAAAGUACUUGGAAGGAAAGGGUUUGAGUUUUGGAUGAAAAACCCGUAUGAGUUGAUGGGUGGUGUGAAAAAGAGAAAAAGUGAUAUUGUAAUGGAAGAAAACAAUGGUUUAGGUAAUGAUAUUGUUGAUCGAGAUCGAGUGGAAGAGGAAGAACCUGAGGAAAUAGAGGAUGUGGUUGAUGAAGAAGACAAAGAAGAAAAUGAAGAGAUGGAAGAAGAUAUGAUGAGCUUAUUUGAAUAUCAAGUUGAGAAAGACACACAAGUAACAACGGAAAGCCAUAACAAAGAGACUCGUGUACCGUGA